AUUGGACUUUUCACAAUUUUCUAUUACGUGCUCCAAAUCAACUCUCUUCAUCUUUUACAGCUCUAUUUACUUUCUGAUAUUCUCAGAGAGAAAGAGAGAGACUAUCAACAAAAAUGGCCGAAUCUCUUGCCUCUGCUGCUGUCGAAAUUGUGACAAACCAGGCAACGGAAUACGCAUCACCCUAUCUCCGUUACUUUUUCUGUUAUGGACAGAUUGUUCAAGAUUUCAAGAAUCGACGAAAGGAACUUAAAUUGAGGAAACAGAGGGUGAAAAUUCGUGUCGAUGAGGCUACAAGGCAAAAUGAGGUCAUCUAUGAGGACGUUCAGGACUGGCUUAGAAGGGCUGAGCAAGAACUGGAAGAAACCCAGAACUUGCAAGAUGAAAUAGAUCGCGUCAAGUGUUUCAAAUGGUGUCCUAAAUGGGGCUGGCGAUAUUGCUUAAGUAAGAAACUGGCAGAGAAGACUCCUAUUAUCUCUAAACUUUUAGAGGAUUCUAACUUUCCACAGGUGGGCUAUCGUGGUUCUCUUCAAGGAAUAGAGUUCAUCACAUCCACGGAUUUCAUGGACUCUGAAUCUUCAAAAUCAGCUUUCAACCAGAUCUUGGAGGCUAUAAAAGCUGACAACAUGAUCGGACUGUACGGAAUGCCAGGAGUUGGUAAGACAACUUUAGCCAAAGAAGUUGGGAAGCAUGCUCGAGACCAAAAGCUCUUUGAUAAAGUUGUGAUGUUUACUAUGUCCCAAAAUCCGAACAUCAGAACAAUUCAAGAUAAAGUUGCAGAGAUGUUUGGUUUAAACUUUCAAACAAAUACCAAAGAAGGACGAGCAGAAGAGUUAUUCAGGAGUAUGCAAGGCGUGAACAAAAUCCUCGUAAUUGUCGACGACCUCUGGGAAGAAUUCAAAUUGGAGAGUAUCGGAAUUCCAUUCGGUGAUGAACACAAGGGUUGUAAAAUUCUUCUGACUACACGUCAACAACAAGUCUGCAGUAAAAUGAAGUGUCAGAAGGAAAUUCAACUUGGCAUCUUAUCCAAAGACGAAGCAUGGGUUUUAUUUCGAGAUCAAGCCGGUUUAGAAGAUGACUGUUCCAUCUUGAAUGAGGUAGCGAAAGAGGUUGCUGAUGAAUGUAAGGGAUUGCCUCUUGCAAUUGUUACCGUGGCAAAAGCUCUAAAAGGUGAGAGUUUAGAUGGGUGGAAAGCCGCAAACCAGAGAUUCAAGGACUCAAGGCAUGUGGAUAAUGAAGAAGUUCUCGGAGGUGUCCUCAAGCCUCUUAAGCUUAGCUACGAUUAUUUGAAGAAAAGCAAUAACCAAAUGACGGGAAAUGACAUCCAAAUGUGUUUCUUACUGUGUUCCCUUUUCCUGAAGAUGCUGAAAUCUCUAUUGAGUUAUUGA